CCAGAGACCAUGAAUGCAAUCCAGGUGCAUUCGAGUCCCGUGCUGGAAUGGCUGAGUAGAGCCUCUGGGUGGAUCUACUUUGUCGCUUGGUCGCUGUCGUUUUACCCGCAGGCCAUCCUCAACUAUCGUCGAAAAAGCGUUGAAGGGUUCUCACUGGACUAUGGGAGUCUGAAUGUCCUCGGUUUCCUCUGUUACUCCAUCUACACAUUGGGCUUCCUCCUCUUUCCUACCCUAAGCUCAGCCGAAGAUGCCCCUCUCAUGCGCUUCAACGACGCCGUUUUUGCCCUCCACGCCCUUGCACUGUCCUCCUUCACGCUCUUCCAAGCUUACGGACUCGGCUACCGGCGUGCCCAGAACCAGAGUGUCAGUCCAGCAGCAACAGGGAUCUUCGCAGGCGCAGUCAUCUCCUGCGGAUUGUUGCUAUUGAGAGCGAUGUGGAUGCCGAAGGAGGAUCCAGAUGCGUGGGUCGACAUUCUCUUCGGGAUGAGUUAUGUGAAAGUCAUCGUAACUAUCUUCAAAUACGUCCCACAGGCUCUCCUCAACUACCACCUAAAAUCAACCCGCGGCUUCUCCAUCCACCAAAUCACCCUCGACAUAACUGGCGGCCUCCUCUCCAAUGCACAACUCUGCCUCGACGCAUACAUGGCGGGAGACAUGAGUGAUGUUACGGGGAAUCCGGCGAAGUUUGGGCUGGGUGUUUUGAGCAUUGGGUAUAACCUUGUGUUUUUGUGGCAGCAUUAUGGGUUGUAUUGGAGGGAGAGGGAGGAGAAGGGGGGAGGGGAGGAUGAGCUGGCGUAGGGGAUUUUGAGGAGGGACAUAAGGAUACCCAUUGUUAUACCCAGAUGAAUGUGA